AUGAAUACCAAUUUUUUAACUAUUAAUUAUAAAGAACGAUAAAAAAAUAUAUCAUCUUCCACUUAAAUAAUAUAAAGUAAUUCAAAUUUUUGUGAUAACUUAUAAGAUUUUGCUAAUUAUUAAAAUUCAAUUUCAAACAAUUUAAAAACUUUAUUGUAAACAGAUAUAUUUUCAAUAUAAGAAUAACAAGAGUAAAGAUAAUCAAUCCCUUUUAAAUUUGGUGAUGUAAUAUCUUUAAGCCCUGAUGAUUAACAUUUUAAAUUUAUAAUGAGUGAUGGCUUUGUUUAAACUAAAAUUUAGGUAAAAAAUUUAGAAUAUGAUGGUAACGGAUAACUAUUUGAUAGAUGUUUAUUUAGAAUUUAUCCAAAAUUUAGCUUUAAUUUUUAAGAUAUUAUUUUAGCAAAUAAUUAAUAAAAAUAAUAUUAAAAUUAGGAAUCUAAAAAAUAAGGAAAACUUUUGAAAAAAGUUGUUAAUUAAUAAGAUUUAUAAAAUAAUAUUAUUUAGGAAUAUAAAAAUAAUAUUGAUUUAUUCUAAAAAAUUAAAGGUUAAGAAAUAACUUUUAAUUAGGAUAUUUAACUAUUUCAUUUAGCUUCCAAUAAAUUUUUAGUAUGUAAUUACUCAGAAUCAGUUAUUGAAAAAGAAAACUUUAAGUUAGAAUUAUAACAGUUUUCGUCAUAAAAUACAAUUUUCAGAUUUAUAAACUCUUAUUCAUAUUAAAUUAGAAGUAAUGGGGUAGUAAAUAUUAAUGAUUUAGUUUAUAUUAGUUGUUAAAAUUCUUAUCUUGGUAGAAUACCUUAUAUUCGUUGUUCAGAAAUAAAAAAAUUACAACUAAUAAAUCAGAUUUUUUCAAACUAACAAAAACAAUAUUUAAAUAUACCUUCAAGUAAUUUAAAUUAAAACUAAAUUGUAUAAACUACCGAUAUUCUAACCAAUUCAACUUAAUCAAUAACAAAUUAAAUGAGACAAACUUAAACUCAAAAAAGAAGAUUUUCUAGUAAUAAUUUAAAUUAUUUAGAAUCUAAUAAGUAUAAUUAAGAAGCUAAUGUAUCAUUAGAUUAGAAAUCUAAAUGGAGAAUUUUAAAAUAUAAUAAUUACGAAGAUGACUAAAAUUUAUUAAUGUAUGGCGAUAUUAUUUGGUUACAUCAUAUUGAAUAAGCUAAUACUUUAAUUUUGAAAAAAAUAGAAUAAUAAUUAAAUGUUACUAUUGAAAGCGCUACUUAAAGAGAAGUUUUUUAAAAAUAUGAAGGUAAUACUAAUGGAAUGUGGGUCAUUGAAAAUCUUAAUUUUUAAAAAGGUGGAAAAGUUAAUUGGGAUGAUAUUUUUUUGUUAAGGUUUAUAUUUUAAAAUAAAAAAUUAUUUAUAUCAUAUAACUUAGAAACUUUAUUACUGGAUAAUAUCUAAAUAUUAUAAUUCAAUCUUUUAUUUAAAAUCUAUUUUACAUAAAGUAAUUUUUUGUAAAAUAUCAAAAAUUAUAUAAACAAACAUAAAUAUGUAAAUAAAAAGGGAUGGAUUCACAUAAAAGAAAAAUAAUAUUAUGAAAAUUAAUCUUUAUAGCAUAUAAAAGAUGAAUAGCUUUUUAAUAUGAUAGGGAAACUAAUAAUAUAAAUAAGAAUAAAUUAACCAUUAGAUGAAGAUGCCUUUAAGCUUUACAAAGCAACAAUUGCAGAAAUAUAAGAAGCUAAUUUUUUAGUAAGUUGCUUUCCAAUUCUUAAAGCUUCGAUAUAAUGGUUAAAAUAAUUGUAAAAUAUUGAAGAUCGUAAUAUGUUAAUAAAAGAAUUAAUAAAAUAAGACUUUGAGGAAAGAUUUAAAACUUUAAAUCAAUGUUUGAAUGAUGUAAACGAUUUCUGUUAAAAUAAAAUAAUAAAUAUAUCAAUAGAAGAGUAAACUUUGAACUUUGGGAAAUUAAAUUAUUAAAGAUAAAAAUUAUUAACAUAAUUAUAUUACAUUGAUUUGAUAACUGAAUUAUUAUAAAAUUUAUUAAAAGAAAAGGAAUUAGUUGAAAUAAUGAAUAUUUUUUAGGAAGAAAGGAAAUAAAAAUUUGCUCUAAAAAUAAAGUCUUGUUUAAAAAAAUAAAAAGUAGUCAAAAUAAACAUAAGAAAACUAGAAAUGUAACUAAUGAAUAAGUCCAAAUAUUAUAUUGAAGAAUCUGAAAAUAUUAUUUAAGAAAAAGCAAAUAUUUUUAGAUUAAUCUAACAUUAAAAAAAUAAAACAAUGAAAAAAUAUGUAUUUUAUUUAAAAUAGAAAUAUUCUUUAGCAUAAAAUGCUUAUAAACUAAUGAUCUAAAUAUGCAAAAAUAACAAUGAAAAUGGAAAAUAUGUAUAUAGUUAAAAAAUAGGACUAAUAAAAUUUCAAUCAAAAUAUAUAAAAGAAGCUAUAGAUUUUAUUAUUUCUAUAGUAGGUAAAAAUGAAUUUAUAUUAAAUAAUUUAACAGAUGAUAUAUAUUUAGCUGAAAGAAAAAAACGAAAUUUAAUAUCCUUGUAAUCAUUAACAAUAAGUAAAUAAAAUGCACUUAAUUAAAUAUCAGUAAUAUAAUAAGAAUUAGAUUUUAAUUAACUAAAUAAUAAUAUUUUAUUGUAUUUUAUUAACUCUGUUUUAUAAUUAGGAAGUUAAAAUAGGAACCCAAAUUUCUUGUAUUUUUUUCGAUCUAUAUGCAAAUUUAAGGGUAAAGGCAUUUCUGUUAAUUAGGAAAUUAUUUAUAAAUUUCUCUAAUAAAAAUAAACUUUAGAAAAAUGUCUUUUCAUUCCUAUUUCUAUUAAUCCUAAUAAUCAUAAUUAAAUGUUUGUUUUUUUUAAAGAUAACUAAAAAACACUUUUAGACGAAAAAAUACUAGGGAAAGACGUUUCUAUUUAUUAAAAUUAACAACUUUUAUAUUUUGUCGAAUAAAUAAAACUUCUUUCUGAUCUUUCUCUUUCUAGAAAUUACUUAUGGAAUGAUAGACUUGAAAAAAUGUUCCCUUUAGAAUAUUUAAUCAACUAAGUAUUUAACGAAAAGCUUCAUGAUGAAAUCAGAAGUGCUUUUUGCCAAUUAGUAUCAACUGUAUAUGUAGAUCACGAGCCUUUAAAUUUACUUAUACUACCGAAAAUGUGUAGAAUAUAUAAAUCAAAAUAUUAAAAAUAUAACUCUAAGAAAUAAAAACAUAUAGAAGAAGUUGAAGAUAAUGAUAUUCUUAAAUAAUUCAAUUUAAAAACUGUGUAGAAAAACAAGACUAUUUUUUAACAAAGAUAAAAACAUUUUGAAAAGCUUGUUUUCGAUUGCAUAUCAUUCAUUAAUUAAAAUAUUAAUAUUAUAAAAUCCUUUAAUAAAUCCUAAGAUUCUAAAAAUAAAAAAAAACUUUUUUUUAAAAUUCGCAUUUUAAUAUAGUUAAUGAAUAGAACACAAAAAUUUUAUAAAAUAUUUUAACUUUUAAUAUUAUAAAAUUAUUUAUAAAUUUAAUCAGAUGUAAUAUUUUAGAAAUUAUUAAUUAAAAAUAAUUAUAUCCUGAAAUUUUAAGAUGUUUAGUUUAACUUUUUGAAUAUGAUUAAGAUAAUUUAGUCCUAACUUUAAAUUUAUCAAAAAAAAGAUAAGAAAAAAUAGAAACCUUUCAAACUGUUCAUAAUUAAAGUUAUUUUUCUGCCGGCCUUAGUGGCUUUAAAAUUGUUGCAAACAAAAUUAUGGAUGUUACCUAAAAUUUAACUAUUGGAACUAUUAAAAUGGUAGAAUGUUUCAUUGGAAUGGGUAAUUAAAAAAAAAAGAAGUCAUCGAAUAAUUAUCUGA